UUUUACAAAAAAGUGCGUGCAGUGUGUAGUACUUAAACAUUUGGUGUGAUGCAGAGCUGAUAAUCGUGUGACUCGAGAGCGUGGCAACCGCCAUCGUGCAGCGAAGAUGGCAUCGACAUCCGAGUCGCCAUCGGCAGCCGACGAGGUAGAUCUAAUCGACUUGGAGACCGGAGUAGCGCCACAACCGCGCAUAACGAUCGCCGACGCAACGCCCGAGGAGCAAGAGCAUCUGUUGGACGUCUGCCCGCCGAAACUCGAGCAAAAGUUGUCGCUGACGCGCCGCAGUCAGGACCUGCUGCGAAACUCCGAGGACAGGGACAACGUGCUAGUGACACUUGGUCACGAUCAAGUUGUUCCAAUUCGUAAGAGAAUCGAUGUGGUGUCGACCGACACUAUCAAGAGAGUACGGGACAUCACGAAAAACCUUGAGCCGGUUAUUCAAAGUGUCGAUGCGGUGGACAAUUCCGCUGGCGAAAGAGACGACGACGCCUCGCGACAGAUCAACGAUGCCUUUGAUUUUCUCGCCGAGUUGGACGACAAUGAAGAGGAACAGCAUAGAAUACUCGACGAGCCGAAAUCUUAUCCGCUCGAGCCGACUUGCUACAUACAGGAGAAAUCGAAUAGUUUCGUUUUUGAUAAUGUGGCGUUCGAAGCUUCGCCGUCGGGUAAAGUUUACGAGAAACGACCGACUUCGAUGAACUUUGAUUUCGACGGAUUGAAAGCUGCGAGAAAUUCGUUCAAACGAUUGCGCUCGUUGACUUGCUCUGCCGUGGGGCUGGACAACGAGCAACCUUGGAAGAAGAGGUCGAAGAAUUGUCCGUACAGAAAAUCUUGGAGUGCGGGGAGUAGAAGGUCAAGGUGCGAUCUUGUUGGCAAAAGGCAGAGGAGAAAUAGCGAGAGGAUGAAUAAAGGAAUCAAAAGGAAUAGUUUAAGAAAAUCGGCGUCUUCUGUUGGUCAAUCGUCAAACUCAUCAUCAGCAUCAUCCUGCUCGAGUUCAUCAUCGGCUUCGUCGUCGUGUUCCGAAGUAGAUUGGUCGUGGGUGGAAGAAGCAGCGGCGGCGGCGGCGGCGGCGGCGGCGGCGGCGGCGGCGGCGGCAGCGGCGUCGGCAGGAUCGGCGUCAACGGCCGCGGCAGCAGCGGGAGAGGUAGCGGUGGCGGCUCGACUAACCCCCACCUUGCGGCGCGUGCGCUCUGCUCGCGGCGGUGGCGGCUCUGACGAGUCGUCGGUGUCGGCGGCGGAGGUGGGCUGCAGUGUCGCGAUGUCAGUCGCCGCGGCUGCGGGAAAGCCGAGCAGCGAGCCGAUCGUCGUCGUCGACUCGCUACUCGUGCAGUGUGACGAUCAGUGCAAUGUGCCCGCUGUCAGGGACAACGACACUUGUAGGAUUGUUAACGGCGCUCAAAGCAACGGCGACGGCACGCUGCCAUGGUUACGCGCGUCGAUGCGUCGUCUCCGUCAGCUACGCAUCCUAGAAAGCAGCAGCAACGCCACCACGCAAGAUCUGUGCAGCUCUCUACCGGACAUUGCGCUGAUAGCGCCGGAAAUACUGGCGGCGCAGACGAACGACACGACCGGCAACUUACUGCGACCGUCCAGCGCACCGGCGCCGGUGAGAGGUGCGCCAGCGCCGCCGAACUCGCCCACCACGGCCACGAUCACAAACGCGGCGACAACGACGACGACGACGACGACGACGACGACGACGACGAUGACGACGACGACGACGACGACGACGACUACGACUACGACGACUACGACGGCGGCGGCGACAACGACGACGACGACGUCAACGGCGACGAACACGACGGGCGGCAACGUACCACGGCGCACUGGUCGGCGGAGUCGUUGUCAACAACGACCAGCGCCAGCCGCAUCAGCGAGGAGUGCAAGUUCUGCCGAGUCGACCAGCACUUAUGCCAGUAGUCAUGGUGGCGCGAGUAGCAGUGUUAGCAGUAGCACUACGUCGAGUGCCACUGUCAGUCCCGUGCACCAAACCAACGGCACUUCGUCUCCCAGAAGAGCGUGCGAGCGACAGCGCGACGGUGGUGACAGGGACGACGAGCGCGGCGAGGACGAGGACGAGGACGAGAACCCGCUGGGCAAGUGGCCGCACGCGCUCAGUCCCGCGCUCGCCUGCCUCGGCUGCACCCUCGGCCUCUUCAACAUCAGCCGAUUCGCCAUACUCAGCAUCCAGUUCGGAGCGAAUUUUAUCGUACAGUUCCUGGUCCUCUCGCUGCUGAUAGGCAUACCUCUGCUGACACUGCAGGUAUGCCUGGGACAAAGGCUGUCGACUGGCGCGGUCGACAUGUGGAAGAUAUCGCCGCUGUUCCAGGGCGUCGGCAUCGCCCUUCUCACCGCUCACGCUUUCAUCGGCAUCUACAGCAUCGUCGGCGUCUCCUGGAUCUUCGUCUACUUCAGGGACUCGUUCAUCACGAAAUUGGACAGAUACAGGUGGGCCGAGCCGUUCUUGCUUUACCGCGAAGACUUCAAGCCGACGAUCAGUAGCACGAGUUACAGCAGCAUCGGCUACGGCAGCGUGUACGGCUCCAACAACGCCAACGGCAACGCCAACGGCAACGGCAACGGCAACAACAACAACAACAACAGCAACAACGGCACUUACAAGCUGCACGAGACGGUGCCGGACUACUUCAGCGGGGCAGUUCUGCAGAGGCAUCAUCUGAACGAGCCCGAUCCCGGCGUCGUCACGCUCAAGUUUCAAGUUGCGUUCAACCUCGCCGUGGUCUGGAUGAUCGUCUUCGUUUCGCUCAGUAAAGGGCUGCGCUCGUACGGCAAAGUUGUCUAUGUGUUCACCUUGGUGCCGAUAUUCGGCACGCUGGUGCUGUGCACAAAGCUACUAGGCUUGACGCCGCCGGGAUCCACUAAUCAAUUGUUCCCGGCCACCGUGUGGGCUGAAUUCUUCAUCAACGGUCGCUCGUGGGUCGCUGCGGCCUCGGAAGUGUUCCUCACGUGGGGACUGCUCGGCGCUGCUGCUAUGCAGAUCGCCGCGCACAACAAACACAAACAUCUGCUGCAAAGGGACACAAGCUUAGUAAUAGUACUGACGCUGGUGGUUCUAUUACUUGCGGCCUUCCUCGCCAACACAUGCGUGCAGAUACUCAAGUAUCACGGUUACGUCUACACGACCAGCUCGUUCGAACGAAUGACAACGUACGGUUUUAUGCGACCCUACAAUCAACCAGCGCCAUCAGGCUAUGCAAGUACGCCCGAGCGGUUUAUGACCCACGCAUCGUUUGUCGUGGGUCAGCGCGUUACGAGACCUGGACUUGGAGUUGAACAGCAGAGCGCCGAAUCCGGUUAUCAAGCCUUGAGAUUGGCCACCGAGCUCGUACCAGCUACCUUGGCUGUGCUCGGUACCGAGCAGGUCUCGCCGUUCUGGGCUGUGCUGUUUUACUUCAUACUCAUACUCUUCGGAAUUGCUCAGCAGCUGGCGAUCUGGCACUGCGUGAUCACCGGCAUAAUGGCAAUCAAUACGAAAAUGAUGAAACUCUGGGAGACGACCAUCACGUUCUUCAGCUGCGCCUGCGCCUAUAUCUUGGGUCUUCCAAUGGCCACGGAGAUGGGAAUCUACGUGGUGUACUACCUAGAUUACACAGUCGGCGGCGGAUGGUGGAUCAUCGUACUUUACUUGGUGCAAGUCGGCGCAGUGUUUGCUGUACGUGGACGACCACACACGGGUGAAGCUGUCGUCGCCGAACUUUUCCCACCGACUGGACGCUGUCUCAAGUAUUGGGCUGCUCCCUUGUUGUCCUUUACUUGGAACGUCGUGUUGCCUAUCACGCUUAUGGUGCUGAGUAUAUCAAUAUUCAAAAAUGCCGGCUAUCGAGAGCUUUACACCUAUCGCCGUACGAAGAGCGACUACUGGUCAGUUUGGGCAAGACAAUUAGGUGGAUCAAUACAGUUGAUACCGAUUCUAAUGAUACCCGUGGUCGCGAUUAUACAAACCUGUCGUUACCUCAACAGUGGACCACCCGACAUAUUCGACGGUGAUCAGGUGGAGGUGAAUUUAAGUCACUGCAAUCAGUGCAAUGGUAGGAUUCAGCUGUUAUAUAGGCCAUCACUCGACCUUGAUGAUCCGCAAAAUGGCCAAACGCAUUUGAACGGUGCAAAUGGCAUAUCAAGCCACCACAGCGGUACGAAUGGUUUAGUCUCUAGUACUACGGAAUUACCAUUCGAGGAUCCGCCACCAAAGUACACCCCGCCACCGAGUUAUACGACGGCAACCGGUGCUCGUAUCGCCAAAAUGCUGAGGCAAAGUUUCAGGCGCAGCGUUAGAAGGAUAGCAAAUGUUCUUGGCGAAGGUGGAAGUGCUGCUGUUACGAGAAGUAGACCGCCCUUACAACAACAGCCACCGCCACCGGAUUACGCCACUGUGUUAGUUGAGAUGAACCAGAGCGUUUCGUCGAGGGAUGUUGCUAUUCAUAUUGCUGAGGUGAGGCCAGACGUAGCAAACACACGUCGUCAACAACGCGCCGAUCGUUACGCACGUCCAAACACGAUCGACCGAUCAAUAUGCCGUGGAAUCUCGACGAUCGACCCUCGCCAAACUCAUCGUGGCCAUUACACAGUUGAUCGUAACGCAGGUCGUCGACCUCAGACUGCCAACAACGGCACAUCAAACCUUACAGCUGCCGAGGUUGCAAAUCUCUUACGCAGUAGUAUCCGUCGAGUACCUCAACGUCAACGAUCCGAAACACAGUUACAACAAUCGCCUCAGCAGCAGCAACAGCAACAGCAGAUUGCAGCAUCGGUAGAGAAUUUGGUGGAAGCGGCAGCUCCGAUCGGCCAUGAAACGGCACCGAACAAGCAGCAGCAGCAACCUCUAGUCGAGCAGCCCGACAAGACUAAGAAUGAAAUGGACAGCUCCGUUUCUGUGAUAUAGACUGCGACAGACUUUAGACUUUUAAAACUAUUAAUGUAUGCGUGCGUUUGCGUGUAAAUAGUUAGUUGUUUAGGCUGAGCGCGAUCUACUUAUUACUGUAAAUAGCUUGAGAAGCUGUUAAUGAUGUAAUGAUGAUGUGUGAUUUAGGAUUUUUUUAUAUGUUCAAAGCUAUUCCGAUAUGUAUAUUUUUUUAUUAGACACUAUUGAUAAAACUGUGUCGUUAAAAAAUGUUUUUUAAUAAACGUAUCCACGGUAUUUUGCAAAUUGUCUAUUGAAUAUUGAUUUUAAGAGAUGUGUAAUAAAAUAGGAUAUAUUUGGAUUGAAUCUAGCUUGAGUUGGACAUUGCUGAAGAUAACAUGGCAUUUUUUUAAGUUGAAUUUGUAUUUCAUUUCUUUCCUUUAUUCUUUUUUUUUUUUCAAUGAAAACAAGUCAAUAACUUAAGUGUUGUACGCUUUUACCAUUUUAAUUACUUAGUAAUUUGUAAUAUUCAAACUGUUGAUAUUAACAGAAAAUGAACAUCUAUGACUAUAGGUAAUGAAUACUUAAAAAAUAUAAUUAUGUUAAUUGUAUAACCAUUGUACAGUUAUUUGCAAUUAAUAUAGGAUGUUUGAAAAAAUAAACUAAAGUUUAUAAUAACGGAAAAAUAUUUAAAAAGCACAAUAAAUAAUGUUUCGUGCAAAUGUAUGCACAAACACUCAUAAAGAUCUCCAAAUAAUUUAAACAAAAAUUUUUUUUAAUGAUACAUCUGAACGAAUAUCACAUUUAUAAUGUUCAACUAUGUACAUUUUUUUCUAGCAUAAUAUGAAAGUGUAAAUUAUUAGCAUGUCUUAUAACAUUGACCUUGUAUUAGUGUUCAGUGGCAUUUAAUAAUAACCGACGCUUCUCGUCAAAACUCAAUUGGCGAUUAUUGUACGAAGGCUUCUCGAAAUAAUUGAAUACCUGUGAGUUGUAAAUAUUUGUAGUAAUCUUUGACGUUCGACGUAUAAUAAUGCAACUGGAUUAUUAUAUUACUUCUUCAAUGUGUAUUUUACUUAUAAAACGUCUUAAUUUUCAAGUGUGCUUAGUCUGAUUUAUGUCAAUGUUAGUAAAAGUAAUAAUUGUAGAUUAAUUACUUAUAACUUUUUGUAUUUUCUUAAAAUUAUGUAUAAUUUUUAUGAAGUAAAUUUUACAUUAUUAUUUCAUAAUUAGUCGUAAAUUGUCAUUUAUAUUUAUUGAAUUGAAAUACAUGAAAUCAUAUC